AUGUACCCAGUCCUCAAAGCAUGUACCCAGUCCUCAAAACAUAUAUCCAGUGCUCAAAACAUGUGCCCAGUUCUCAAAACAUGUACCCAGUCCUCAAAGCAUGUACCCAGUCAUCAAAACAUGUACCCAGUCCUCAAAACAUGUACCCAGUCCUCAAAGCAUGUACCCAGUCAUCAAAACAUGUAUCCAGUCCUCAAAGCAUGUACCCAGUCCUCAAAACAUGUACCCAGUCAUCAAAAUAUGUACCCAGUCCUCAAAGCAUGUACCCAGUCCUCAAAAUAUGUACCCAGUCAUCAAAGCAUGUACCCAGUCAUCAAAGCAUAUACCCAGUUAUCAAAGCAUGUACCCAGUCAUCAAAGCAUGUACCCAGUCAUCAAAGCAUAUACCCAGUUAUCAAAGCAUAUACCCAGUCAUCAAAGCAUAUACCCAGUUAUCAAAGCAUAUACCCAGUCAUCAAAGCAUAUACCCAGUUAUCAAAGCAUAUACCCAGUUAUCAAAGCAUAUACCCAGUCAUCAAAGCAUAUACCCAGUUAUCAAAGCAUAUACCCAGUCAUCAAAGCAUAUACCCAGUUAUCAAAGCAUAUACCCAGUCAUCAAAGCAUAUACCCAGUUAUCAAAGCAUAUACCCAGUCAUCAAAGCAUAUACCCAGUUAUCAAAGCAUAUACCCAGUCAUCAAAGCAUAUACCCAGUUAUCAAAGCAUAUACCCAGUCAUCAAAGCAUAUACCCAGUUAUCAAAGCAUAUACCCAGUUAUCAAAGCAUGUACCCAGUCAUCAAAGCAUAUACCCAGUUAUCAAAGCAUAUACCCAGUUAUCAAAGCAUAUACCCAGUUAUCAAAGCAUAUACCCAGUUAUCAAAGCAUGUACCCAGUCAUCAAAGCAUAUACCCAGUUAUCAAAGCAUAUACCCAGUUAUCAAAGCAUAUACCCAGUUAUCAAAGCAUAUACCCAGUUAUCAAAGCAUAUACCCAGUUAUCAAAGCAUAUACCCAGUUAUCAAAGCAUGUACCCAGUCAUCAAAGCAUAUACCCAGUUAUCAAAGCAUAUACCCAGUUAUCAAAGCAUAUACCCAGUUAUCAAAGCAUAUACCCAGUUAUCAAAGCAUAUACCCAGUUAUCAAAGCAUGUACUCAAACCUCACGAGAAAGAAUAUUAA